AAGGAAGGCGUGGCCCAUUCUAUACCGGGAUCACACGGCAUUUUAUAUAUAAAUUGAAACAUUCUAUAAGUAUAAACAACUUUUUAGAUAACAUACAUAACAGGGUUUCCUUUGGAAAAUGAAGACGAAACAAAACUGCGACAAAUAAACAUAAAGAGCAACUUUGACGCAUUUCCAGAUGGUGGAGCUUUUGAUAUUAGCACUGUCAUUGACAAAGGUAUAGAAGUAAAUGACGCUCAAGCUAUGCAAGACUUUGCUGUGUAUAAUGCAUUCAUGACUUUUGAGAACAAAGAUGUCAAAGCGCUGAUGGAAGAUCCCAAACAAGAGUUUGAUCUCGUGAUUGCUGAUUUAUAUGAAACUGAAAUAUAUGCUGCAUUUUCAGCACUUUACAAUUGUCCGAUGAUUUGGAGUUAUUCCAUGGGAGUACACUGGCAAGUUUUACGGCUGAUCGACGAACCGACCAAUCCGGCGUACACAGCUGACUACCUCUCGUUUAAUUUACCACCGUUUAAUUUUAUUGUGAGGCUUCAGGAAUUAUGGGCGCAGAUAAAGUGGCAAUGGAUAAAAUGGUAUUCAACCACACCAAAAGAAAUAUAUACAUAUGAGAAAUAUUUCGGCCCACUUAUAGAGAAACGAGGCAGAACAUUGCCGAAUUAUCAUGAGUUAAUUUAUAAUGCUUCGAUGAUACUGGCCAAUGACUACAACGCGUUCGGUAAUAUACCGAGUACCCCACAAAACUUUAAGUUGAUUGGUGGCUAUCACAUUGCAACUCACACACAACCACUGCCGAAGGAUUUGCAGAGUCUAAUGGACAGUUCAACAAACGGUGUUAUUUAUUUCAGCAUGGGUUCAACACUAAAAAGCAAAGACAUACCUAAACCUAUAGUUGAAAAUAUUCUAAAAAUAUUUGGGAGUUUAAAGCAAACUGUAAUAUGGAAGUUUGAGGAGAAACUACAUAAUUUGCCCAAAAACGUACAUAUCAUGUCCUGGGCACCACAACCAAGCAUUUUAGCUCAUCCAAAAUGUUUAUUCUUCAUCUCCCACGGAGGCCAGUUGUCAUCGAGCGAGUCUGUUCACUUUGGAAUACCUAUCAUCGGCAUACCGAUUUAUAUGGACCAAUUCGUGAACGUAGAGAAAGCAGUCAGUAGAGGUUACGCUAUCAGAGUUCAUUUUACUCGUAAUUUAGCGAGCGACUUGAAAACAGCUAUUGACAGGAUGCUUAAUGAGCCAAAAUACAGGCAGAGGGCAAAGGAGCUGUCAGCCAUAUACCACGACCGGCCGGUGUCGCCGGGCCGCGAGCUGGUGCACUGGGUGCGGCACGUGGCGAGCACGCGCGGCGCCGCACACCUCCGCUCGCCUGCGCUGCACGUGCCGUGCUACCAGAAGUACUACCUCGAUCUGAUUUUUUUACUUACUAUAGUCAAUAUAACCUUCUUUGUUGUAAUAAAAAUUAUUUAUAAGAAAUGUAAGAGUAAAAAGAAAGAAAAAAAAAGUAAUUAAAACCGUUUCAAAAUAUAUUAAAGAUUUUGAAACGGUUAAAGAUUAAAAGAUUUCCGAUUGUCAUCUCAUUUCGGUAACGAAGGUUCAUUGAAAGACAAACAUUUGAAUACAAUUUAUAUUAAUAACAUAAUUACAUAUAUUUAAUGUCAAAAAAUAAAACUUAUUGUUUAAUCGGAAUCACAAAUAAUAAUACUAGGCAUUAAUACUUAACAAUAUUCAAUUAAUUAUAAUAAAAAUUGUAUUAUCAUUUUUUAUAUUAAAUGUAAAUUAAUUAUUCUCAAUUAUUCGUUAAUAAAGAUGUAUUCGAUUAUUUAAAAAACUGCAUUGU